GCAACAGCAGCAGCAGGAGCAGCAGCAGGAGCAGCAGCAGCAGGAGCAGCAGCAGCAGCAGGAGCAGCAGCAGCAGGAGCAGCAGCAGCAGCUGCGCCCGGUUCCGGCACAGGAGGAGGAGGGCAGCGGAACGACGACGGACCCAGGAUGACGCCGGCGGUUCUCCGAGACCUCUGCAAAAAGCACAAGCUGUACGUGACUCCUCACCUCAACGACGUGCUGUACCUCCACUACAAGGGCUUUGUUCGUAUCGAGUCUCUGGAUGAGUACCGUGGCCUGCGCUGCCUCUGGCUCGAGGCCAACGGCCUGCGGCGCAUCGAGGGCCUGGAGGCCCAGCUGGAGCUGCGCUGCCUCUACCUGCAGCAGAACCUCGUGGAGCGCAUCGAGAACCUGGCCCACCUGCGGCACCUCGACUCCCUCAACCUGAGCCACAACUGUCUGCGGAGCCUACACGGCAUCGCGUCCCUUCCGUCGCUCACCAACCUGCAGGUCUCCCACAAUCACCUCGAGUCGCUGGACUCCAUCACGGCGCUGACCUCGUGCCCACGCCUCAGUGUGCUCGACCUCUCGCACAACCUCAUCCGUGACGCGCAGAUCGUCGGCAUCCUAGCAGCCAUGCCCAGCCUGCGCGUGCUGACCCUGACGGGCAACGCGGUGGUGCGGGACAUCCCCGACUACCGGCGCACGCUCACCGUCCGCCUGCCGCAGCUCACCUACCUGGACGACCGCCCGGUUUUCCCCAAGGACCGGGCUUGUGCUGAGGCCUGGGCCCGCGGGGGCCGCAUGGCGGAGCGAGCCGAGCGAGCCGCCUGGGACACGCGGGAGCGGCGGCGCCUCCACGACGCCACGGAGGCCCUCGCACGGCGGCCCUCCUCACGGAGCCUGCGGGCCCACGGCGGCCACUCGCCCGCAGGUACGAGUGGCGAGCAGCCCGCCAGUGGUGAGGGCGGUGAGGGCGGUGAGGUUGAGCCACAGCCGGACCGCCGCCCGUACGGCGUUGGGCACGGAUGUGCGGACGGGCAGCGGGGCGAGCGAGGGGUCCUCGCCGCGGUGAGGCCGGCCGGGAGGAGCCCCGUGGACGAGGAAAAGGCGCCGGCACGGGAAGACACGAGCAGAAACAUCAGCCUUGACGACCUGCCCGAUCUGGAGGAGGCGCUCGUCUGCGAUGAGGAACUGUGGGACCUGGCCUCACACCCCGGGGAGGUGCUGUUCCCUUGGCAAAGCCCAGCGGCCAUGGGGGCCGGUAGGGCGACUGGGGUCGCUGGUGACUCUGGCGCGUCGUGCCGUGGCGUAGUGAAGAGGCCACUCAUCGAGGAGAUCUUGUCCGUGCCUGUCCAGGGCCAACUCGCCUCCCCUGGGUCCUGUUAA